GUUUCACUUUAGCUAUUUUCCAUUUUAUUCUAGAGCAUGAACUUGCUAAAGCAUGGAGAGAAAAAAGGUAGGUGCUAAGAAGGAACCUGCCAAGGAUCAUCAGAUCUCUAUCGCUCAAGAAUUACAUGUAGAUGUCGAUUUGAGGCGUCUCCAUGAGUCUUGCGCUCAGCUCUCCGAGGAGAUAAUACCAUUUAUGAAGCGAGUAAAAAUCGAACUGAUCCGCACCAAAGAGGGGGAAAUGAAGGACGUUCCGCAAGUUCCACUGUUUAUUUAUGAAAAGUUGCCUCUACAUGACUCAAAGCUGCUUUUUUCUGUAGUUCUACCACCGUAUCCAUACCUUCGAGUUAUUCAGCUCCACCACUGUGAGCUAGCAGAUGAUGGUGUUCUUUCUCUCGUUGAGUUUUUAAAAGCCUAUAAACCCAGCACUGAAAAAAAUCCCUUUGGCAUAGAAUGUUUAGAGUUACCUGGAUGUAAUAUUGGACCUCGUGGUGCUAGCUACCUGGCGAGCGUAUUUUGUGAAAACUUCACGAUUAAGCGCCUGAUGUUGGAUUUUAACCCAAUCGGUGACAAGGGAAUUGAAGCUCUUUGUAAUGGACUCCGUUGGAACACAAAGUUGACGGAUUUGUCACUACAGUAUUGUGAAAUUAGUUAUUCUGGAGCACCUUUUAUCGCAGCUUCUGUCAUUGAAUGCAGCAAUGUGAAAAUAUUAUCAUUAAGGGGCAAUUAUUCUCUCCAGGAUUCUGGUGUUCUGUAUCUAGCACGCGCUCUUAAUGUUGGGUUACGCCUUGAGGAGCUUGAUCUUGCAGAUGUCGGAUUCGGGUCAAGCGCUGAAACCAUCGAUGCCCUCUGUGAGGGCAUAGAAAAUAGUGCCUCGCUUAUUUCUGUUAACUUAGACCUUAACACACUCAUUCCUUCCGGACCACAGUCACUACUCAUUGCUAUCACAAACAAUAAACGUAUCGUCAAGCUUGUAGUGAGCGAGCGUGUGGAUCCCGAUGUAUAUAAAGAAAUCUUAGAUGCCCUCUCGGUCAACAAUAAGGGGAUGAAAAGGAAAGUAAAGAAGAGAUAAUUUUGUUCGCAGCACACGAAAUGUAAAGUAUCAUUUUAAGCAUUUUA